AUGAAUAUAACAAGAUAAAAGAUAAUUAGAGAUUUAGACCAAAUUUAGUUCAAUUUUAUAAGUAAUUUUUAUUUUGUAAUUAGAAAUGAUUUUUAUCAUGAAUUAGGAAUCACUUAUAGAUUCGAUAAUGGAAGUCAAGCACUUAUAAGUUAUCAAUUUAAAAUAAUGUUAUAAAAAAGAACAGACCUAGUGGUAAGAAAUUAACUCGAAUUGGCAAGUAAUCUAUUGGAUUAAUUAAAAUGCUUGA